GCACAAAAAGUUUGGAAAGUCCUGACUCUGUUACAGUGCUGAACGCAGCCGUGUCCUCACCCGUGGAUUAUAGCCUAAAGCCAGCUUUAUUCAAGAAAAACACCGUAUCUGGAAAUCACUGCUGCUCUGCCACCAGACAAGGACAGCCUCCACACAAUUACCCUGACAUCCUCCAGAGACCAAGACUCAGCUUCUACAAACCAACACUUCAAUCUACAACUGAGCAGAUAUGGAGAGCCACAUGACGCGGUUCGCCCUGCUUCUGUGCAUCACUGUUGCAGCCUCUGCCUCAAGUCAGACAUGUGUUCCAACGGAGGUUAAUGACAACCCAUGGGUCUAUGUGAAAGAAAUGCUAAUUGGCUGCUGGACCAACUUCAUCACAGAGGACAAGGCAGAGGUCCACAUCCUUAAUCUGAACUUUGCUUCCAAGGAUAGCAGUAUGUUCCAGUUGGAGAUGGCCAACGCCAAACCAAUGAACCUCAUCCUCACAUCCCUAGACACAGCCUACUGUCUCUACAACAUCAAUGCAGAUGUUAACAUUUAUGUAAACAUAAACUCCACACUGGCCCUUUACAGUAAUCAGAAUCACAACGAAUUCCACAGGGAAGACUUCCCCACACAAAACGAGGAAGCGCUGGUCGCGUGGGCAAAGAAGAGGUUUGGAGGCGUGACAUCAUUCACCACGAUCCAAAAUCUGAAAAACCUCACAGCAACAGCAACAAAAGGAACCAAACCUGACUCACCUGACUGCGUUUUAAAAAAUGAAGAUGCCUCGGAGAAACACUUCUUAAAGAUUAAUGCAGAAUCUUCAGAUUCUUCCUUAAAAUCUUGCUCCCCGCAGCCACAGAGUCCCACUGAGGCGGAGCUACACAUCAUAAACAUACCUGAGGACACCAACAUACGCAGCAAUGUUUCACUUCGCAUUGACGCCAAGAAAACCAAGGUGUUCCUAAGAGGACCUCAGGGUACCACAUGGAUUCUCCUAAACCCACAGCAUGCCCAGUUUGGUUCCAAUAACGAGGUCCUGCUCCCCAACAUCCCACAUACAGUCCGACCUUUAAUCACCCUGAACAGGGAUGGUGCAGAGGAUGUGCAGAGGAAGGCUUUGGAUCACUUUAAAGUUAGCACUUUCACCAGCUACACUGAACUCAGACCAGAGGAUUCUUCAGUUCUACUGGUUCUGGGGAGGAACGACAAUGCACCAGUUACAGAAACAGUACCAACAGUCACUGCCGUCACGACUAAUGCCCCUGCUCAGAUGCCUCUGACGAUGCAGCUUUACACUUCCCCAGACUACCGCUCUCCUCUCGACCCCAACACCAAGGUGCAGAGUGACAGGAGGAUUUAUGCAGAGAUUUCAGGGCACACUUUUGGAGACAUUGUCCUGACCAUCAAGGUAAUCCGCUGCUUUGUGCGCUCCAAAGGCUCGUGUCCUGUAAUAAAGGAACUUCCCUUCAUACCAGAGACCUGCUCCUUAAACUCAUGCCCGACCAGCACCAGACUCAGCUUCUCCUUAGAUCAGCUGCAGGAGCUGGAGUCCACCACGUGGGACCUGGAGUGCUCUGUCAAACUCUGCCACAGCGAGAAAUGUGGAGAUGGAGGAAGAGUGAAGAGGAAUCUGGAGGUGACCCAGCCGUGUUUGCAACCACCGACCCCACCCUGCUUUGAUUUUGGCCUACCUGGUGUCCUGGGCAUUGCAUUUGGAGGCUUCCUGAUUGGCGUUUUACUUAUUGGAGCGCUGUGGUUCAUCAAAAUUAAAACAGGAUACCCAACUGGACUGGACAUUAGCUCAACUGCAGCAAAUCUUCCUGGAUGUCCAUGCUCAGGUGCAAAGCGACAACCCGUCUCCACCAACCCCUCCCCCUCUGAGAACAGCAGCGCCAACGCAAGCAUCGGAAGUACCCAAAGCACACCGACCAGCAGCAUGGCAUGAAGUCAUGAUGAUCUCCACUACCAGCAGGGCCACCAUCUCCCUCCAAAGUCACCUAUAUGGGUUAUGUGCUUUAUUUUUCUAAAAUAAUGCUUAGAAAAGCAUGUCCUCCUUUUCUGCCCCUUACAAAUUCAUAUUACAAAGCACGACCCACGUCUUUGACACACAAAUGGAAUGAUCUGGGGGCAUGUGAUGGUGAAAGGAGGGGGGUGUUGGGUGACGGAUAACAGAAGUCUGAUCAAUGGCUUCUGACGUUCACCUCCGCAGCCUCUCUGUAAAAAUCAAGCUCCUACACAGGAAGUUAAAGAGGGCAAGAGAAAAAAAAAUAAAUUGGCUCCCAAGCAACAGGAAAAACAAACCAUAUCCCCCCAAGAGCUAACAGGAAAUUCACUACAUUCCUUUCAAUGAAUUGUGCUUGUGUGAUGGCAGCACAAUAAUAGUCAGACAGGAGACAAACCAGUCAAAAGACCGCCUGAAAAACAGAUGAAAAGCUGUUUUGAAUUCACAUCCAAGCUACAAAAAUAUGAUGGGCUUUUGGCGAGGUCAGUCUUAAAAGAUAGCAGCCAUGUUUCGAGGACCAAAAGUUCAAACCAGAUGCUCCUAUCAAGGGGUAUUUGUCUUAAUUGGAGUCAAGGUCAACAGUUUAACAGCUACCUCCUGUAUUUAAGAAGUCUGGAGCUGAGCGAGUGGCUAGCCCUAGAUUUUUCUUGUGAAUUUAUAAUUUUUUUCUGCCUUUUUGUCCGUGUCACUUGAGGUGAUUCUUAUAGGUGACUUCUUUUGCUCAUUUGUAGCUCACAAAACAAAGUUAUGGUGCCUUUUUUAUGCUAUGCAAUAGCUGUAUAUGGGCAUUUACUUCAGAGUUAAGCAACACAGAAAUACAGUAUACCUGUUGCCUUAAUAACUCACUAAAACCAACCCUAUCAAUGCCUAAAAGGUAGCAUUAAAUUAUUUUUAAAAAAUGAUCAUGAAUGUGACAUCAGAAAUACACACAAGCAGAUACAUAUCUGUAUUCAGAGCCUGGUUAUGUCCCUAAAAAAGGAGAUAGUAGCACAACACUGAACAUCACUGUUUUAGACCUGGGACUAUUUAUGUCAUCUCAUACAGCUACACCCCAGGGUGGAGUUUCCAUAAAAAGAGUCAUUUUGGAGGUGAAAUUCCAGUACUUUUCCUCUGCAUUAUGUCCACUCUCUCUGGUAACUGCCAUCUCUAUAAUAUGUUGUACCCACAUCCUCAUAAAAAAGACCUUUAUGUUUGGUUUUAAAGUGUUUUAAGGGCAUUUUAAUCACAAUCCUGUAGAUGUACGAGCUGCUGUUAAUGGUGUCAAAACCAUUACUUUGUCUUCAUUUGAAAAUCAAGACUUGACAGGCAUUCACAGCUCCUUAUCCUUGCUCAUACUUGGCAUCUUUUCAUUCUAAAUGUAGCCAGCCGCUCACUGUCUGCCUCAUCUUGUGAUUAGAGAUGAGUGCACCAAAAGGGAAGUAAUUAUCAGAGCUCUAAUUGAUGUUUUGGAUCACCAAAACAUUCCCAGCUUCUGUCACCCUUGGUCCCUUCUGCACCCUGAAGAGUUGCUACCUCUGUGUCACCAAACUCCAAGAAACUUUUUCCUUUGGGGGGGAUUUAAGGUACAAACAAGAGCCUGAAAUAUUCCAUUAUGAAAUUCACAUUUAAUUAGUAGUUCUCGCACAGAAGGAAAUGAAAUCUGCGAGAUUAAAGGCAAAUGUUUGUUUAAAACAAAUGGGCCAGAAAACCCAAUUUUCCAGUUGAAAACUGGCAAACUCGUACCUUUGGACUGUAAAUAGGAAAUUAUGAUAUAUCUAUAUGCCUAACCCCCUUUUGUUUAACUUUUGAACUUAAAACUUUUUAUACAAGUCACCAGCUCAGAACACAACAUGUUUGGAUCCCAUAAGAUAAACAUCAAUUCAGAAUAUUCAUAUGGCAGCCAUUUCCCUCUGAUGUCAUGACAAUUUACUAUAGUUCACAUUAGAUCAGGAGCUGAAAGGACAAUGGAGAGUGAAAAUUGGGAGUGUUAUUGGGCCAUAUUUCAAGAUAAAGCACAUUUUUUAAUAACUCUUGCUACAGUACCUUCAGGUAAAAAAUAAAAACUUAGCAAUUAGCCACUUCCUAGCUUUCAUCACAGUUUAAUGGUAAUACAAAAUUCAAAGUGGAGGAGGGACUUCCUAACUAACAUUAAAGGGUAGCUAAAGGAUCGUUUGUAUUAACUAUUUUUCUUGCCACAAAGCAACUAAACAAGAAACUGUCUAGCUUGCUUUAUAAUUAAAGCCCCAAUAGUUUGCUAAUGCUAAUAUUAGUUGGGUAAGGGGCACAGAUGGCCUAGUAGUUGGGGCUGCACCCUGUGUACGCAGAUGGUCAGGGUUCAAGACCAGCCCAACCAAUGUCCUGUCUCACUAAUAAAGGCAAGAAAGCCAUUAUUGAAAAAAAAAUAUAUAUUUUUAUUAGUUGAGAAAGAAGUCUUUCCUGCUGUGUCAAGAACAUACUGCAUGCAUGGUUGUAGGCUCAAUGAUGUUAUCCUAGAGGGGAGUAUUGAAGCCCAAUGAGGGCAGUUACCAUGUUGAAAAUGCUUUUUCUGUACAACCUUAAUCAACCCAGGCAGCCUGUCUGUCAAAUUAACCAUGCCACUUAUUAGAGUUUAUGCACAAAUUUUUGCCUUAAUCCAAUCAGAACAAAUGAGUAAUGAAAACUAUUCAACCCCCAUGAUGUGCACCAAUUUGACAUGAGUCAUUCAGACCAGAUUUGAUUUCUCAACCAGGCUGUAAACAUGUUUAAAUCAGCUGUCGAAAUAGACAUUUUAACAUGGGUGUAAAUGGGACUCCAGGGUGUUUGACACCAACCUCUUGUGGACAUGUGGGGUACUGCACUUUAUUCUGCACUUCUGCCUUGGCUUACAUUUUAACAUCAGUGUUCGCUGCUUGGUCAAGGAACACUUUCUACCUGUGAUGCUAAGAAGAAAUUAGUUGAACAUCAGCUUACAUAAGGUGUUGUCUAUUGGAGUCUUAGUACUUAUCAAACAUGUAGAGUUAACUGUAAAUAUGGUCUAUGAUCUCUGUUUUUACCAUUCAUUUUCUUUUUGAAUGUUUAUCAGUGUAAAUUCAGCUGAAUCAUAACCAUUUAGUCAUAUUUUUUCUUUUGUAAUGACACGCAAGCCUCAGACAGAGCAGAUUAACAUUAUAACAGUGUUUCCGUGUGUGACAUCAGAGGGAAAUAGCCUCCAUGGAUUUAAUUAAAAUAAAAUGGAAAAAGAAUAAUACCUGUUUGCACCAGUCAGUCACUUGUGCUUUAACUACAUGAAGAGUGCCAGAUGAAAAAUUAACACUAGCUUUAUUCCCAGCUGUCACUUGGCAUGCCUUAUACAGAAACUUUCAUUGAAAAGAGCUUAUUUUCAUGUUUAAAUGUCUAAUUAUACUUAAACCUGAUUUAUACCUCUGCAUUGAGUGUACACUGCAGCAGCCUAUUCCAUCAUUAGCAUUAUAUAUUCCUGGGCUGGUGUGUCUACGUACCGCUGCAAAACUCCACUUAAACACCAAUUAGCUGUGCUCCUGUACUAGUUAUGUUGCCACCUACAUUUCUGCUACAUGGCUGUUUGUGAACAGGACACCUUGGUGACUGAAAUCAAGCUUAUUAUGCUGGAGUUGGAGCUGAUUAAUAUCAAGCAGCAGCCGAUUUAGUGUAAAGAAGCAAAGAAAGGAGACAUUAAAAGAGAUGCAACGCAUGGCUGCUGAAUCAGUUCAAGCGCAGACUGGGAAAAAUUUUCACCAGCGAUACUGGAAUAAUGAUGCUACCUGGUAGAGCAAUCAAGGCCCAGCAGCAUUGCAUCAUUGCAACACACAGUUAAAUUUUGUGGUGCAUUUUAGGCUAAGCAUGUAUGCUUCAGCGUAGAUGCUAAAAUCUGCCACUGCAGAUCCAAUGCAGAAGUAUGAAUCAGGCUUAACACAACCUGCAUAAAUGGGAAACCAGGAUCUUCAUGAGGGAAGCAACUGCAGAGUGACGGUUGAUCUGUGUGCAAAUGUACAUGCAUUUUAUAUAUCUAUAUAUUUUUUCUAGUCUCUUGCAUCUUGGAAAAACAGGCAUCAGGUCUUGUGUAAGAAAGCAUUUUGUAUCCAUACUGUAGCUCUGACACAGGCAACCAAAUUGUGAUGAUUCCUUAUGCAUACUCAAAUAUGCUGUUUAUAAUCACUGUCUCAAUAGUUACUCACCUACUGAUUUAGAUUGUGAAUAUAAUUUAUUCACCUUCAGUCUUAAUCUUUGAAUUAAUUUCUCUGCCAAAGAAACUUGUAAAAAUCUCUAAGAAAUACACGUUGCCACUUGAGUAUUUGUGCAAUAUGAUGACUUGUAUUUAAUGUCCAUAUAGUUUUUUUUACCUGUUUUUGUAAGUGAUGUAUGAUAUUCUUGCUUUUUCUUCAACCUGCUUUGUUCUUUUAUGUAUUUGGAGAACUGGGACAAUUCUUAUAAUGGCACUUAUAUAAAUACAUAAGGUUGUUAUGUACAGGAAUGUUUGUUUUUUAUUGUGGUUUAAAGAUUCAGGCCUGUGUUGCAUUGUGGUCUCAGUCAGUGCGUGACACAUCACAUGUCAAACACAGCACCAAGGUUUGUUGGUUUUUUCCUUGUUUGACAUUUGCCGUGCGAUUCCCCGCUGUCCAAAAAACACAUCGUAUCUCUGCUGAUACUGACAUCCUGACAUUGUAUUGUCUGAAUGUCUCACUGCGGUGAAGCCUCCCAGCCAGAUAUUCAACACUCACGAACCUGAUGUUCUCAGGGAACAUUCAGAUUUAAAAAUGUGGCCAUUAGUGAGAACUUUUUUCCCCAUUUAAAUUUAGGAAUUGGCUGCAAUGUUUGACUUUUUCUGCUUUUCACAUGUCGGCUGUUCUGUUACCUGUGUUAAAGCCGCCCUGGUGAGUGCCUGUUUCUGUCUGAGCACUGACAGUAUAAUCAGACAGGCUGUCAGUUAAUUCACUUGUUAACCCUGUAGAUCCUUUCGUUACCUCCGGCAGCCAUUUCCUCAUUUCAGACACAUUUAAUGAAAUAUCUGUGUGCGUGUGUGCGCGUAUACAUGUGUGUUUUUGUGUGCCCUUAUGUGGCUGUGUAUAAUAGAAGCUCUGCCUACAGUUCUGUGAAUGCAGCCAUUCUCUGGCCUUUUAACAAUGUCCAAUUCUGAAUUCUUACCCAACGUCUGUAACCUUGACAACGUGUCAAAAUGUCGGCUUUGAUUUUAUCGCGUAUAAAAUGGAAUUCACCAGAUUCACACAGCAGCAUUUUUACCAUUGACAUCACACUCACAGGGUGAGAAGCUCACAGGCUUUUAUAAGGCUCUACUUUUGUUCAGAUUUCAAACUUUAGAUAAAAGGACAAACUCUCAUCAUUUUAUUACAACUUAGAGGUCCACAAAUAGUGAAAAUCUGGACUUAAUCUAGUUUAAUACAACUUACAGCGUAUAUUAAAACUACCCUUAAACGAUAUUUAACUGACUAACUUGGGGUCACGAGUAGGGAUGACCAGAAUUUGCCAACUAAAUGACUCUAAAUGUUAACUAAACAGAAAUUGAUACUAAAAAUUUCUCAAGACAGACUGGCUGCAGACCAUUUCCCCCCUUGGGGACCACCACAAUGAGACACCAACACUGUCAGGACAUAAAUGCACACUAAACUUUCAAAAUAAAAUCAGAUUAUAAAACAUUUAAUAUAGCAAAGUAAACAGCCUGCUUACAGAAAAAAGGUAACAGUGAAAACACUCUAGCACGGUUAAUGUAGCUAAAACUAACAAAGCUAGCUUAGGCUACCUCUACUAAAGCAAAAUAUAGCUAAGUUAGCUCUGCUUGAGCUACAUUAGCUUUACACUAUGUUUGCCAAAGGUCAUGUUGCUACAACAAACAUAGCUACGUUAGCUUACUUAGCAAUGAUAGAAAUGCAGGUAGCUCAGGGCACUUUUGAAUUCAUUGAAAAACAUAGCUUGGCAGCUAUCUUAGCUUUGGCUAAAGCUAACCACUGUUCACAGAACUACUUCUAAAACAGGGAAUAUAUUGUACCAGCAAAAUGCGUCACUUCCAUCUGAACGGGGGUGUUUUCUCACUGCAAGAGGAGUUUUCUGAUAGCUGAGGUCUGCAGCCACACCUAACUUAAGUCUCUAGCUGUGUAAAGUAGGUAUCAAUGCCGGUCAAAUGUCAUAUUUAAGCUGAAACACAGACACCUGCCACUACCUGGGGCUGUAGCUCCACUAAGUGGCUAACGCCAUAAUGCAGUACUACCUGGAUGUAAACCAGCACAGUGAGAAGGUUGCUUCUUGCUUUUUUAAUUCUAGAAAAUGAAGAUAAAGUUGUGUGGAAUUCGUUUAAAUAAAACUGGAAUAUCAAUCCGAGCAAUACCUAACCACUUCCAGUGUAGGGAAGUUGACAUUAACCUCCAAGUAAGACCAAAGUCUGGGAGUGCUAGCGCUGCUGAUGUUAGCAGCAUUCUGCAGACCAGUUUGAUGUUUUUAAUUCACAGAUAUUGGUUAGUUGCAGGGGAUAUUUACUAGAUAUGAUAGGACUGAUGUAGCUAUCAUUUAUGCACGCUAGGAGCUGGUAUAAUACUAGCACCAACUGUUGUAACUAUGUAGCCAAAUAUGUUGUUUUACCUCAAAUAUCAGCAGUUCUAGGCUAAAAUUGUUGCUAAUAUUUAUGUUGGCUUGCUAACAACACCACUGGCUAGGAAAUUAUGCCCCUACUGUUCUAUAAAACUAUCAAUGAAUAACUUAAUGAUUGGAUGAUGUUUGGUUAGCAUAGCUGAUGGGAUAGAAAACUGAUCAUUUUUAAAUUAACUUCAAAUGAAUUGGUUACAAGACACUGUUAGACCAGUGAAGCUUAUGGCAGCGACGCUAGGAAUUGUUUGAAUGCUAACAUAAGCUGGUGUGACUUAGCAGUAUAGCUGGCAUCUUGUUUACCUUGGAAUAUUACCAGUUUUUAAGCUAAAUAAAAAAAAGUAGACAGUUACUAUAGGCUGCUAAGGAAAAUCAGCAACUCUUCCUAACGUUACCAGUAGGAAUUUCAACCCCUUAGAUUUAUUAACUAGCAAACAUUAGCUAACAGUACAUCCAAUGUCUUUUGAUUUCCAUUUUGAAACAUUGCCCCUUUUCACAUUGUUCUUGUGGCUUAUCUUGCAAUCCUGAACACAGCAGUUUAACAUUGUAAGUGUAUUUGAGCUUCCAACCCUGUGCAGUGAAGAAUGUCUGCCACAUAAAUGUGAUGAAAGUUAUUUUUGGGUGUUUAUAGAGUAUGCAACCUUUUCCCAUUUAAAAUGGGUCCAUAUGUUAGGACAGUUUUCAACUGUUUUCAUGUUAUUCUAUGAUGUCUCGGAAGAAAUAUAUGUUUAGUUCGAAAUUAUCUUAAUAAAGUCAAUACGACAAA